AUGGAUAGCCUGAUUGCUUCCUGUAAAGAGAGCGCAGUGCAGGGGAUGGAGUAUUUCUUGAGGAACUUUUCCUUCGUACCGGACGACAAGUUAACCUGGACGCCGACGCCAACGGCGAAGUCUGCAAUCCGGAUUGCCGCUCAUACCGCUCUUUACGCCGGAAGAUUCGCUCGCAUGAUCAAGGAACGAAAACUUCCGUCGAGUGACAACUUACUGGAGUGGUUGGCGCAAAGGAACGCGGAAGAAGCCGCAAUAACGAGCCGCACAGAGAUGGAAAGUAUAUUCCGGAAGGGUACCGAGGAGGUUAUUGCGGCAUUGGAUUCCGUUCCGCCGGAAGCGAUCAGAACUUCCCUAGAGAGCGGAUUGGGAUGGUCACUGCCUAUGACCGACCUGAUGAAUAUGCCUGGGUGGCAUGCCACGCUUCAUGCUGGGCAGAUCGAUUACCUCCAAACAUGCUGGGGCGAUCAGGAAGUGUAUGUUUGA